GGCGGCUUAGGUGCAGGUUUAGUGAUGCUAGCUAGAUUUUUUUUUUUUUAAAUUUUUUUUUUUAAAAAGAAAACAUUUAAAAACAAUACAGAAUAUCGUUGUAUGACAAACGUACACGUUUUAUUUUAAGCGCUACCGGUUUUCAUUAAAAAAUUUGAAAGAAGUUGAGAGAACUUCUUUCGGAGAGCUGUGCACGAUCCUCGCUGGCGCCAGAAAAAAAAAAAAGUUUGAGCAUCAUUUGAAAAAAAUAAAUAAAUAAAAAAGAAAGAAGAAAAAAAAAUGAAGAGGCAGGCCGAGCGGGACUCGAGUCCUGCGAGAGUUACAGGUAAACGGAUUAGAGACAGAGACCGCGACAGAGAGCGUGAGAGGGAGCGCGCCGACAGGGAGCGGGAACGAGAGCGGGAGGGCAGUCGCCGGGAGGACGGCCCGCCUCCUCCUCCGCUGGCCGUGUUGCUGGCGGAGAGCAGAAGUUACCACAAGCACCAGGCGCGGAGCCGCAGCGGGGAGACGGAGAAGCCCCGGCUGAGUCUGAGAGAGGACCGCGCAGGCGCGGCGGAUGCUCACCAGCGGCAGCAUCUCCACGAGCUCAGCCUGCUCGGCCGGCCGCCCUUGAGGACCACAGCGGUGCUUCCAAAGAGCAAGGUGGUGGCGGCGGCUGCGGCGGUGGAGCUCCUGGGCAGCCGAGGCGCCACCGCCCUGGAGUACAAAACUCUGCUCGUUAGCAACCUGGGCUCGCAGCUGUCUGACGAGCAUGUGGAGGAUGGGCUCUUCCACGAGUUCAAGAAGUUUGGUGAUGUCAGCGUCAAGCUGUCCCACACCCCGGAGCUGGGCCGCGUCGCCUACGUGAACUUCAGGCAUUCCGACAACGCGAAGGAGGCGAGGCGCUCGAAAGGCAGGCUCGUCCUGUACGAUCGGCCGCUUAAAGUGGAACCGGUGUACGUGCGGCGCCGCAGCUGCACGCCGCCCGACCUCGGAUACAUCCCUUUGCACGGAGCAUACCAGUACAGACAGAGGUCUCUGUCCCCGGGACCUGGGGGGAGCAGCAUCCGGGAUGCCAGACUGAGGCACUACACCCUGGAGGGCCUGGGGCUGAGCCGGGAGCGGGAGAGGGCCCUGGACUACUACAGCCUGCUAGACGAGAGGGCGCGGGCUUAUGCCUACCAGCUGCCUGAGGAGGACCUUAAGCCUGAGGACGACCAGAGAGCCACCAGGAACCUGUUCAUCGGCAACCUCGACCACAACGUGUCGGAAGUGGAGCUGCGGAGAGGCUUUGAAAAGUAUGGCGUCAUCGAGGAGGUGGUCAUCAAACGCCCUGCUCGGGGCCAAGGCGGCGCCUAUGCCUUCCUUAAGUUCCAGAACCUGGACAUGGCCCACCGAGCCAAGGUGGCCAUGCAAGGCCGGGUAAUCGGCGGCAACCCGGUGAAGAUCGGGUACGGGAAGGCCAACCCCACAACGCGCCUCUGGGUGGGGGGGCUUGGCCCCAGCACCUCUCUUGCAGCCCUGGCUCGCGAGUUUGAUCGCUUUGGCAGCAUCCGUACCAUCGACUAUGUGAAGGGUGACAGCUUCGCCUACAUCCAGUACGAGAGCUUGGAUGCAGCCCAGGCGGCCUGUGCGCAGAUGCGUGGCUUCCCACUGGGCGGUCCUGAGCGCCGGCUGCGUGUGGAUUUUGCCAAAGCUGAAGAGGCACGUGGCUACCCAGCUCAGUACCAACCCACCGCGGUGCUCCCGGCGCACUACGACCUGCUGGCGGACGGCUAUGUUCGACACCGUAGCCUGGAACGGGAGCUUAGGGCCCGGGACCGCACGCCAACUCAUGGCCUGUUUGCCGAACGGGAGCGGGACAGGGGCCUGCCGGACAAGGAGUGGACCAGCCCGUCCAAGAACCUGGAGCGCCGCAACAACCUGGAGGCAUUUGGUCGAGGACGGGCACGCAGCCGCAGUAGGGAGCGGUGGGCAAAGGAGCGAGAGGGUGAGCGUGGCACAGGGAAGGCCUGGGAGGAGCGUCGCAAACGCCGAAGCACUUCUAGCGAGCGGCUGGGCGAGGAGCGGGCUCGGCCCAAGGUGCGAGGAUCAGCAGCAACAACCCCUGACCACAGCCCGGACCGACCAAGGGGCAGGACCUCUGAGCCGGCCACAGAGACCAGGGAGACAAGGGAUUUGACACCUGAUGGCAGUCACCACUCCAGUGAGGAUCGCUCAGCGCCAGAUGGGCAUGAUCCGCCGCAGCGUCACAAGAAAGCAGCAGAGGUGGAACGGAACCACCGUGUCACUGAGGGUGAGGCGGACGCACCAGGUGAUGGGCAGAAGGCUGACAAGAAGGUGAGCACCCUGUCUGAGUACGCCCAGACUCUGACUUGUGUGUGGCAGGGUGUUCUUGUCCUGAAAAACAGCUGCUUCCCCACCAAUAUGCACAUGCUGGAAGGGGGCUCUACCUUCCUCAGCUCACUCAUGAAGGACAACAGUGGCCAGGGGGGUGAGAUCAUGCAGCUGAAGAUCGCCCAGCGCUUGCGCCUGGAUCAGCCGAAGCUGGAUGAGGUGACCAGGCGCAUAAAACUGGGCAGCCCGGACGGGUACGCGGUGCUGCUCGCCGUGCAGGGCCCGGUUGACAAGGAGGCAUCGCCUCCCGAGCCUGGACUGCAGAGACGGCUCCUGCGGAAUCUGGUCACUUACCUCAGGAACAAACAGGCUGCGGGAGUGAUUGGGCUUCCGCUAGGGGGCGUCAAGGAGCGGGAGACGGGAGGAAUGCUGUAUGCCUUCCCUCCCUGUGAGUUCUCCCAGCAGUACCUCCAGGAUGCUCUGAGGACUUUAGGCAAGCUUGAGGAGGAGCAUCUGGUGAUAGUUAUUGUCAGGGACUCAGUUUGAGGCAUCGCUGCAGGAACUGCUCUUCCUUGUUCUUGUUUGUUUUUAGAGAGAUUCAGCUUAUAAGCUCCUGUGGUUUCUCGGGGAGAGAGUCGGAAGCUGGAGUUCCUUCUCCAGUAGUGUCUUGAGGACGCUGCUGCUUUUUAACAGAAUGCGUUCAUGUACUUUUGGGGGUUGGCGAUUUUAAGAAACUGACCAAGUAGUUUCCCUGUCUUUGGGUACUGAGAAACACUAGAACAUAGUUUUUUUAAUGACACUUUUUCAUGAGUCCAUCCUGAAAUUCAGCUGUAUAAAUAUAGUUACAACGACGACCUUCUUACUUCAUUUUUUAAUUUCCGGAAAUUAAUGCUGUUUGUAAUUGUACAAUUUUAAAACAAAACUUGUUUCAAGUAUUGCAUGCUGGAAGUUUUUAUAUUUUCUCAGAUGAUCCAGUUUAAUGGAUUUGUAUUAGAUUGAAGUGAAUAAGGGGGCGAUUCCAAGAGCCUGUUUUUUUUAAAUCUUUUUUGUACUGUGUCUUGGGUUUAUUGCCUGAGUUAAUGUCAGUGUCUAACU